CUGCCGCAUUAAAGUUUCGUUCUUCCCCCCAGGGAAAUUAAGUGACUUCCAUCUCCUCCAGAUCAGCUCAGCUCAGCUACUAGUCAACCCACCAACACCAAUGUCAAUGGCAGUGGCUUCCGUUGAGAAGAUCAGGAAGGCUCAAAGAGCCCAGGGUCCAGCGACCGUCCUUGCCAUUGGCACCGCCACUCCUCCCAACUGCGUUUCCCAGGCUGACUAUCCUGACUACUACUUCCGUAUCACAAAGAGCGAACACAUGACUGAGCUCAAAGAGAAAUUCAAGCGCAUGUGCGACAAAUCAAUGAUCAAGAAACGUUACAUGUACCUGACUGAGGAAAUCUUGAAGGAAAAUCCAAACAUGUGCGCCUACAUGGCUUCAUCUCUCGACGCGCGCCAAGACAUGGUGGUGGUGGAGGUGCCAAAACUGGGGAAAGAAGCCGCAACAAAGGCCAUCAAAGAAUGGGGACAGCCAAAAUCUAAGAUCACCCACCUUGUUUUCUGCACCACUUCUGGUGUAGACAUGCCAGGUGCAGACUACCAACUUACCAAGCUGCUGGGACUGAGACCCUCCGUCAAGAGGAUCAUGAUGUAUCAGCAAGGCUGCUUUGCUGGUGGAACGGUGCUCCGUCUUGCCAAGGACUUGGCUGAAAACAACAAAGGCGCUCGUGUACUGGUGGUCUGCUCCGAGAUCACGGCUGUCACUUUCCGUGGACCCUCUGAUACGCACUUGGAUUCCCUAGUGGGCCAAGCACUUUUCGGUGAUGGUGCUGCAGCUAUCAUCUUAGGUGCCGACCCUGAUACCAAAAUAGAACGCCCACUGUUCCAGCUUGUAUCAGCGGCUCAGACAAUCUUGCCAGACUCAGAUGGAGCCAUUGACGGACACUUACGCGAAGUCGGCCUCACUUUCCACUUGUUGAAAGAUGUACCGGGAUUGAUCUCAAAGAACAUUGAGAAAAGCUUGGUUGAAGCAUUCUCUCCAAUUGGCAUUAGGGACUGGAAUUCAAUCUUCUGGAUCGCUCACCCUGGUGGGCCUGCAAUACUUGACCAAGUCGAAGCCAAACUGGGUCUCAAAGAAGAGAAGCUCAGCGCGACCCGUCAUGUGCUGAGUGAGUUUGGCAACAUGUCAAGUGCAUGUGUGUUGUUUAUUUUGGAUGAGAUGAGAAAAAAAUCUCUCGAGGAAGGGAAACCCACCACUGGCGAAGGCUUGGAGUGGGGUGUCCUUUUCGGAUUCGGGCCAGGUCUCACUGUGGAGACUGUUGUGCUACACAGUAUCCCCACGGAGGCAAGUCGCUGACCAGUCAAUGGAAGCGACAAAUUACGUGAGUAGACUGAUUGGCUUUGGGAAGAAAAUGAGAUGAUAAACAAAACCAAGAUACAAAGUUUGCAACGGUGUGGUUAUUGGUUAAUGACUUAAAUACAAGUGUGAUGUAAUGUAAUGUAAUAAUGAUAUCAAUAUGAUCAUCUAUCCCCUUUGCAAUAUUAUUAUUUGAGAUUUGAGUGAAAUGAAGUUUCUGUUAGGUUAAAAAAAGAAAAUAUUGUGAGCGACGGGACUGGUUCCUGCCUUGUUCGGCACCCUUCUCUUUGAUCAUUGAUUUUUCUUUUUUUUUUUUUUGUUGUUUUGUUUGCAUAUAUGUAGAUUGCUUGUGAAAUACUAUAGCGGUUUGGAUUGUUGGACAAAAAAAUAAAUAGCAGUUUGAUUUGGAUUUA